CUGCUCCCAUUCGCAUACCUAUUUCGACUUCCGCUCUUACCUCUGCUCCUGAUCCUUCUCCUCUCACUCCAGCUCCUGAAGCAUCUAGAAUUGUGGCAAGUACUCACAGCACCUCCUCAUCAAUUACGCCCAUGACAAGUGAAGCCACUUUGGUUGUCCCUCUGGAGGUUCAGGAGAACGCUAUGAUUUUCUCCAAUGCUGAAGCUCUCCCAAAAGACCAUCCCACCUCGGAGCAGGCGGAGGACUCCAGUUCCGUUACAGAAUCAAUAGCAUCCGCCUUCAAACGUAUAAUGCACAAGCCAUUCAGUUUGAUAACAAGUGAAACUGGAGCUGGAGCCGAUGCCAAUGCAUCCUCGUCACAUGCCGUGAUUUUGAUGCCGCCCGAGAAGCAAGACGAAAUGCCAGAGGAACUGUAUGAGGAAAGGGAGCUGGAGCAACAGACGCAACAGGAGAAGCAAUCGGAGCAACUGAAGCAUUCGGACUCAAUGCAAACAUUGACCAUACAUGGAAGACACUCGCAUAUAACGACCACGUAUGUGGAUCAUUGUCAUCGGGAGCGCGCAGAGGGGAUUGAUAGGACGGCGGCAAGGAAACUUAUUGUUGCCUCCAUUCUGUGUGUGUUCUUCAUGACUUGUGAAAUUAUUGGCGGUGUGCUGUCCAACAGUCUGGCCAUUGCCACGGAUGCAGCGCAUCUGCUCACAGAUCUCGCGGGAUUCCUAAUCUCCCUGUUUGCCUUGUAUUUGGCUGGACGUGCAUCGACGGAACGCUUUAACUUUGGCUGGCAUCGGGCGGAGGUCAUUGGUGCGAUGAUCUCCGUUUACUUCAUCUGGUUGAUCACGGGUAUCCUGGUUUGGAUUGCUGCACAACGCAUGAUCGCGGGCUCCCAUCAAGUGGAUGCGGUCAUCAUGCUUAUCACCUCAGCUCUGGCGAUCGUUUUUAAUCUCGUUAUGGCGUUUCAAUUGUCACAUGGACAUUCCCAUGGCCAUCGCCAGAGUCACCUCAAAGUACAGUCAUCUUCUCAUCAGCUCACAACUGAGAAUCUGGCAGUAUCAUGAAUCCCACAGGAAAGGAUCAACAUCUCAUGCCAACAUCGAUCUCGGCUCAUCAGACGCAGCAGCGUAGGGAGAAUAUAAAUG